AUGCGGGUUUCUCACCUUGUCCAUGCCAUCUUGGCAGCAAGCCUGGUGUCAUCAGCAUCACUAAGGCCGAAAAAGCCCAAUAUCGUAUUCAUUAUGACAGAUGAUCAGGACUGCCGCCUUGGCUCAACUGAUUUUCAAAGCAUUCUACAUCGUGAGCUGAUCUCCAAAGGAACUGAGUUUACCAAUCACUGGACCACUACAGCGCAAUGCUGUCCCAGCCGUGCAGGUCUGUUGCGAGGUCAGCAGAGCCACAAUACCAACAUCACACAUGGUAAGUUCCAAGACACCUGCAUAUUGAUUCUUAUCGACGCUAAAAUCUCGCGAAGGGGUAGUUACGAUAAAUGGACUCUGGCCGGCGAAGACAACGACUACCUGCCACACUGGCUGAAGAAGGCAGGAUACUGA